CCAGGAAACAUCGUUCAACUCGUGCGCAUUACGCACCCGUCCCACCACACGCAAACUACUGGAAAUCAGAAACUUGGAAGUUUUUAAAAGUUCUUUGAAGACUUCAGAUUAAACAGCCCUGUGUGUGAUACGAGAAUUGUGCAAUGGCAGAUGAGCUUUUCAGGGUGAGGACUGAGUUUGCGGCGAGGGUGUCACUUGCUCUAAUUAAGGAGCUCCUAGACGACCUCUUGAAAGCUAAAAUCGUCAACGAUGGGCAGAGUGAGUCAAUACUUGAAGAGAACCCUACCAGAGCAGACAAGGCACGCGGCCUCAUUGACACAGUGAGGAGGAAAGGAGAUGCAGCCAGCAGGGUGAUGAUCGCUCACCUUCACAGAAGAGAUCCUGAACUUUACUCUCAACUGGGCCUGGGCUGUGGUCAGCCUGCUCCACCAGCUGCAGAGCCGCAGACUAAGCAGGAGCGGUCAACCUCGCUCAUCUCUACCGCUAAGGAAUUCUGGGAGAAGAAACAGAAUGAUAGAGAUGUUUACCCUGUGACCAAAGAUAAUAUUAAAAGUCGUGUGGCCCUGCUAAUCACUAAUAUAAGGUUUACCGAUGAGAGACUUAACAGAACGGGAGCUGAGAAAGAUGAGGAGAACAUGGAGAAACUGCUCAAAGCUCUGGGAUACGAUGUGAUGAAGUGCACAAACCUCACUGGAAAGGGGAUUGAUGAGGCUUUAAUUAAGUUCUCUAAACAGGAAAAAGUCAAAGAGACAGACAGUGUGUUGGUGGUUAUCAUGUCUCAUGGGAAACUCGGAGCUGUCCUUGGUGUCAACUCAAAAAUUCAAAUAUGUGAUGAUGAGACCCCAUCUACCCCAGAUGAGUUCUCCAUCGACAACAUUUACAAACACUUGGGAACAGACAAAUGUCCAGUGCUGCUGAACAAACCCAAAGUCAUCAUCAUCCAGGCCUGCAGAGGAGGCGAGCGUGGAUCUGUGCUUCUUUGCGAUGGUGCAAAACCAUGUGAUGUCCCACAGCAAGGUCCGUCUGCUUCUGCAGCCGAAGAGGACAUAGAGGAUGAUUCUUUGAAGUUUGUACACAAAGAAAAAGACUUCAUUUCUCUUCUCUCCUGCACCCCUGAUACUGUCUCAUAUAGACACCCAGAACACGGGUCUAUUUUUAUCCAGUAUGUUGUUGAUGUAUUCAACAAUUGCUCCCAUGAGAAUGAUAUUGAGGAACUUUUCAGAAAAGUCAUGCGACACUUUGAAGAGUUUUCCGCUGGCAGCAAAAGACAAAUGCCGACCAAAGAGAGGUGCACUCUUACAAAACGCUUCUACCUCUUUCCAGGUGUCUGAGAUAGGACUCAAUCCUGUUCAGCACAGCUUUUGUAGCCACAUUUAAAAUCAUGGUUUCAAUUCUUUCAAAGGUGCUAAUCAGUGAAUAGAUAGCAAGCAGGGGACAAAGGGGUCAGGGGGCGCUGGGCCAGAGCCUGUGCACGAAGUGUCUGAUGAGACUUCCUGUUGCAAAGCUAAUCAAAAGACUACAACAAAAAUGCCAAUGACUGGAAAGAGGCACAAAAUGACCACAAACAGAUGCAAACGAAUGCAGAUGCAGAAUGCAGAAUGAUUACAAUGAGAAGCAUUUUGCAUUUCUUUCAGUCUUGGUGUUUGGCCCCUUGGUAGGAGGGCUGGGGGCUUUUUACAUAGUCUCAUAAUUUCAUCCUUGAUAAACCUAAACUUUUUUCUAUUUGUAGUUGAAUCUUUGCUUUUAUAUGUUUAUAUGUCUGACAAUAUGUCCAUCUUUUGAAUUAAUGGAACAUGGGAAUUUUUAUUUUUAAACUUAUAACUGUGAUUGAACAGGUUCGCUCACUCACAAAAAAAAAAAACAUAACACAUUUUAAAGUACAAAAUUAUGAAAUCACUUUGAUUUACUGUGUAGCCAACAGAACAUGUAAGAAGAGUUCCAUGAAGAAUGGAAAUCAAUUCCAGGGCUCAGACAAGCAGCAUAAAGUUUAUGAUAGUUGUGGUAGAUCUCAUUGUAAUUUUACUUUAAUGCAUCCAUGCUAAAACAGUUAAGGAUUUUUUGUUUGCCUUCAUUUGGGCCAGAUUGGGAACAAUAUUGUGUCUUUAUUUUGCUUCAAUUCAUUCAGCACUCCAAUGAGUCAGAUGAGAUGUCUUGAAAAUAUUUUGUUUGUCAUGCUAAAACAAUGAAUGAUUUUUUUCUUAACUUUGGAUGGAAUGGGAAUUUGUACUGUUGUGGGUCUGUUUGCUGAAUAUCUAUAUACACAAAUACAUUUGACUUGAGUGAAUACCUUGUAGCCACAAUUUAAUGCUGUCACACCCACUAGCCUGGUUAAUCAGCAACAGUGGGGCAAAGAUAUAAAAGUGCUUGGUGCUGUGAAGACUGGCACAGUCCACAUUGCGUGGUUGCUAUUUUAUGGUAGUUAUCUGAUAUACUGUAUGUGUUGUAGUUGUUAAUACUUGUAUUACAUUUGCUUGUUUGGUGAUCAAUGCUGAUCUAAGGGGCUACAGAAGCUGUGUUGCUUUGGAUUUGAUUUUGUAUUCUAUUUUGUAGACCGCACAGGCAUUAUCAGUGUAAUCCUGCUAUUGGCACAUGGUGUAUAUGACUGCCCACUGUGCAUUUCCUUCAAUAAAACUCACUGACCUGAG